CGCGAAUAAGGCUAAGAGCCGUGUAUUGCAAGAUUAUACCAUUACGCAGCAGCUAUCUAAAGCACGUAUACAUUCUGGGAGCCCAUAGCAGUAAGUAUUAGUUAUUUGCCAAUCAAGUUACGACCCUUUUUGCUAUUUCUAUUUCCGUGGUUGGCGCCACCGGAGGCAUCUUGUUCAAUCGAUUCAUUCGAAUCGAAUCGUGCACUACGCAACUGACGGACGAAUGAGUCCAGUCACUAAAUGGACGUCAAGCGAAGAGGAAGAACCACCUCAGCGAGAAAGAUAGAUGACGAACACUUUCCCGGGCGAACCGUAACCGCCCGCCAUGCACCCAAGCCACCACGGAUGCUCACUUUUUCUCUCUUUGUUCUUGUUGCCGCCGAUCCUUCUUACUUUCUUCGUCGGAUUGCUCAAUCAAUUGCUGCCCGAGAGUACCAGUUAGUUUUGCUUUUAUUAAAGUUAAUUUUGCCUUUAUAAAAACAAACCAUCUCGACAGUAUCAAGCAAGCUACCCUAGCAUUUGAAAAGAAUUGGAUACCAUGGCUCCCGAUGCCGACAAGCUGCGAAAGAGGACACCAGUGACCGUGCACGACAACGACGAGGAUGCCGCCACCAAAGAACGCACCUCGAAUCUCAAGUCUCUCCAAGCCAACGAGGUGGUCAUUGAUGGUGUCAUUUACGAUAUUCACUCGUUUGAUCAUCCCGGUGGUGAUUCCAUUAAUGUCUUUGGAGGCAAUGAUGUCACGGUGCCCUACAAAAUGAUCCAUCCCUACCAUACCGACAAGCAUUUGGAAAAGAUGAAGCGUGUGGGCGUGGUGCCGGGUUAUGUCUCGGAGUACAAGUUCGAUACCGAGUUUGAGAGAGAAAUCAAAAAGGAAGUCUUCCAGAUUGUCCGACGAGGAAAGGAGUUUGGAACACCUGGAUACUUCUUCCGGGCGUUUUUCUACAUUGCCUUGGCCUUGUACCUACAGUAUCAGUGGAUGCAACAAACCAGCUACACGCUUGCCAUUAUCUACGGAGUCUCCAUGGCAUGCAUCGGAUUGAAUGUGCAGCACGAUGCCAACCACGGAGCCGCCUCUCGAAACGUAUGGGUUAACAACCUACUUGGAUUCGGUGCCGAUUUCAUUGGAGGAUGCAAGUGGCUAUGGAUGGAAAAACACUGGACCCAUCAUGCUUACACCAAUCACCACGAAAAGGAUCCCGAUGGAUUGGCCGCCGAACCCAUGCUCUUAUUCAACGAUUAUCCACUUGGUAGUCCCAAACGAAGUGCCAUGCAUGCCUACCAGGCAUUCUACUUUGUCGUUGUCUUGGCAGGAUAUUGGCAUUCGUCCGUCUUUGACAUUCCCCAAAUAUGGACGCUCCAGGAUGGCGGUGCCACCGGUGCCGGAAUGAAGCUCGACAACAAUCCCUGGAUCCGCAGCAGGACGUACUAUGCCUUGGCAUUGCGGGCACUCUACUAUGCCUGCAACAUCAUCAUUCCACUCUACAAUGACUUUUCCUGGAGCACCGUCGCACACAUUAACGUCAUGGGCAUUGCCGGAAGUCUCGCAUUGGGAUUGCUCUUUACCCUCUCGCACAAUUUUGAAAAUGCCGACCGCGAUCCCACCGCCGAUGUCCGCAACAAGGGAGAACCCGUCUGCUGGUUCAAGGCCCAAGUCGAGACAUCCAGUACGUACGGUGGUAUGAUUGCCGGAUGGCUCACCGGUGGACUCAACUUUCAAAUCGAGCAUCAUCUCUUUCCCCGCAUGAGUUCUGCGUGGUACCCCUACAUUGCUCCUACGGUGCGAAAGAUUUGCAAAAAACAUGGCGUCCAGUAUGUGUAUUACCCGUGGGUGUGGCAGAACAUGUACUCGACACUCAAAUACACUCAUGAAGUGGGAAACGCCUCGCACUGGAAGCAAAACCCGUUCAAGGGUGAACAGUAACUUGAUUGUCUGAAUAAAUUAAAUAAAAGAAGCUAGCACAUUUGAUGACAGUAUCAUAGAUAGGAAGGUUUUCAAAUGCAGAUGAUUAAUCUUUGGCCAUUGCCUUGGUGGACCAGAUCCUUGAUCAAGAUGGCGCACCGUAGAAAGGAUUUGUCUCGAAGUUGAACUAGACGUUGGAUAAUUCAACGAAGCUCUCGUUGCAAAUGUUUCGUAUUUAGAACAAAGCAACCGUAAGCCCUGAUACUUCCAGUGCAAGAAGAGGAUGGACUCUCGCUUUUUCUUAUCCUAACUAAGCCUGGCUCCCCUCUGGCUUCUGUAGACUGAUC